AGAUCUUAGCAAUAACGAAAUCGAAAAUAUAUCAGAAAGAGAGCUGGACUUCUUCUUCGUUUCUCAGAUAAAUCUGCAGCAUAACAAGAUAACAACAAUAGAGAAUUCAACUUUUGAUAGUUGUCCUAGCCUUAGGAAAUUGAAUUUAAACUCAAACAGCAUUGUUUUCCUCAAAGAAAAUGCAUUUCCUGUGUACAACAAGGUAGAGGAGUUAAAAAUAGAAAACAACCUUCUUACCAUUUUAACAAAGGAGAUGUUUCCCCACUUGAGGCAUGUCAAACGCCUAUACCUCGGCUUCAAUAAGAUUUAUCAUAUAGAAGUGAACACAUUCCAGGAACUGUCUCAAUUGAAAGUUUUGUCGCUUAUAUCAAACAGACUCACAACAAUAAAAGACUAUUUCUUUCAUCACCUGACAAACUUGGACAUUUUAUACAUCGAUGAAAAUGCCAUUUUUAGAAUAGAGGACCGUUCCUUUGCUUCUCUGACUUCUUUACAUACUUUAGGCUUAUCCAAGAAUAGAAUAAUGUCCGUUUCAUCAGGCGUGUUCCAGGGUCUGGAGAAUCUCACUCAUUUGAAUCUGGUGUACAAUCAAAUUGUCAAAGUCUCACCUAAUGCAUUACGUCAUCUGAAGAAGCUUGUGUCCUUAGACCUCCGGAAGAACGCCUUCAGAAGCCUCCAAAAGCAAACCUUAAGAGGCCUCUCGUCACUCCAUUAUGUGUAUUUUGAUGAGUUUUAUAUGUGUGCAUACGUACCGAGUGAUGUAGUUUGUCAACCCUUUGGAGAUGGCAUAUCAAGUCGUUACAACUUACUGGAAAACGGAUUUCUUCGCAUCAUGGUAUGGCUUGUCGCCAUUUGUGCUUGUUUUGGAAACCUUUUGGUCCUUUUAGGAAGGAGCUUGCUACGUGAAGACAACCAGGUGCAUUCUUUUUAUAUUAAAAACCUAUCCUUUGCUGAUAUGCUGAUGGGUAUUUACUUGAUUAUUAUCGGUUAUCACGAUCAGAAAUUCAGGGGAAGUUACUUGGUGGAGGACGAGGGGUGGCGCUCCAGUGCCACGUGUGACUUAUGUGGUAUUCUGAGCACGCUCAGUAACGAGGCCUCUGUGCUAACCUUGACCUUGAUCACUCUAGACCGUUAUAUCAGCAUAACUCUUCCUCUGUUCCGCAGAAGGAAGAGUUUUAAGUUUGCGCUGAUGAAUGUUAGCAUAAUUUGGAUUAUCUCGCUUUUUCUGUCUGUUCUUCCUGUGAUUCUGCCGGAUUUCUUUGGAGUCUAUUUCUACAAGGACAAUGCUGUGUGUGUCCCUUUUCAUUUACACAGACCCUGGGUCAGAGGAUGGCAGUAUUCCGUGUUUCUCUUCCUCGGACUUAAUUUGGCAGCAUUCACAUUUAUUUGUUUUGCAUAUAUAACCAUGUUCGUAGCAAUAAAGCGCUCAACGAAGACUGUACGGUCUCAUUUUGAGAACAAGGAAAGGACUCUUGUAAAAAGAUUCUUUUUUAUUAUUUUAACUGACUUUCUUUGUUGGAUGCCAAUAAUCAUCAUAAAGUUCAUAGCUAUCUCAGGAGAACAAAUAAAUCAGGACACUUAUGCUUGGUUGAUUAUUUUCGUGAUGCCUAUAAAUAGCGCCAUCAACCCUCUUCUUUACACUCUAACAACGAAAUUAUUCAAGGAAAAGGUGAUGCCAAAACUGUGUUGUGGAUUUAAGAUAGUUCGCCAGGAACCAAUACUAAAAGAGACUUCCCCCUCCUCCUCCUCAUCCUCCACGGGUGGACGGAGGAACAGAUCCUCCAUCCGGAGCUCGCUAGAAAAGGAUCUGUGUGAAGUUGGCGCCAAUACUUUACGUGUCAGCUCGCGAAAACUCAAGGGAAACUUUGACUCGUCCAUGAAUGAAGACUGCUGUCGGAGUGGUAAUUAUCUCAGCUUCAAGACGAGGAGUGAAAUGAAUUUCUACAAUAAUAGCACUGGUAGAGUUUGUGAAAAAGAAACUUUGUAUAUUCCACAGAGAGUAUCAACUGCAGUUUGAACAUACUAAUCUUUACUCUAAA